GACCAAGGUCUCCUUCCUCUCCACCCAAAUGCUUUCUAGAAAAGGAAAGAAUCUGGCAGCUGUAUCUGCUCUGAGAAAUAGGGGGCCCUCUUCCAGUUGGGGCCAGAACUUGGAGAGAUAGAGCCUUCCAGGGUUGGAAAGCCCAUGGCUCCGAGAGCUUCCUCUCCCUCCGUGUCUUCCUUCCAACUCUGCCCACAGGGCAGGCCUUGGCAAGUCACCCAGGUAUGCAUGGUAACUCUGAGAAGGAUGCUGUGCCCACUUUCUGAUGAGGAAACUGGGGCCCCAAAAGAUUAAAUGUGUCCCGCAUUACCAGCCAGAGCUGGGAUAUGAACCAGAGGCUUGUGACUGCCUGGUGCCCUUCUCUGCAGACGCACCCCAAACUCCCGAAUCUGAGGGAUGGCCCGCCUCAUUGCCACCUCAGACCCAGGCAUUGUCCCCACUUGCCUUCUUCCUCCUCCCAGAGCCACUCCCUGAAGCUUGAAAGGCCUAACCCUAAAAACUCCACCUGCCCUAAGUCUGGGCGGUGGGGAAGGCACCUGGCAGACAUCCUGCUGGUCACAGGCUGGGGGCCCGUGUCUCCCCCCACUUCACUGUGCCACUGGCUGGAGUUGCUGCUGGAAGACACCACGGAUUGGCAGGAUGACUGGUCCUUGGCCAUGAAGGUGUAUUAGGUUCUUCCUUCUAGAGGUAAAGGAGGGGUGGGCCCCGAAACCCAGCAAGCCAGACCGCCCUGUUCGUUCUACUCUGCCCUCUCCCCUGAGGAUCAGACAUCCUAAGAAGCACUGCGUGGACUGAGCCCGGUCCACCCGCCAGGGGUGUGGUAAGCCUUACUAUCUCGGGGCUCACAAUGGCCCGGUGUGGGCAGGGCUGCUGUUGUUUCCCUUCUUGCGUGUGUAAACUGAGGCUAGAAGUUAAAACUUGCACGCAGACUUGCACACUUGCCUCACUGAUGGGGGAGUCCCAGGAUCCAGCCGGGAUCUGAGCUCGAAGCUAGAGCCACUCACCCACCACAGCGUCCCCCGGCCUUGUCCCAGCUCAGAGCCUGGUAUCCAUCUGUCCCUCUGUUCUCUUCCUAUCCCUGUGUGCCCAUGUGCUAAGCCUUAGUCCCGACUGUGCCCUCCUGCUGAAAUGCCACCCUCCUUCCUCUAGCCUGGCCUCCCCACCAUCCCUGUGCUGUGUGCGUCCCCGCCUCAUGGUCCUGAGCGCCCCAGAGUCAUAGCCUCACUGAGACCUGCUCUGGCCACUCCCGGGGCCUCUGCUUCUCGGCUGCCUUGCUUUUCUGCAGAGCAUUUGAACCCCAACACUCAGCAGCCUCCAUUCAUCUCUGCACGCCCACCCCGGCUGCCACCUAGAACGUGGCACACGUGUGGCUUCUCAGGGGUCCGAGAGGCUGGAGAUCCAGGCAGCUCUGCUGCCUGCGAGCAGACCCAGGUUUGGGGGUGAGCUGAGCUGUGUUCCUUCGCAGAUCCUGAGCAGGGUAGGGACAGAACAGGUGCUUCUGUCGUGAGGAAGCCCUCUCGCUGAGGGGGAGGCACGGCUCAUCCUCAGGGAGCCCCAGUGUGAGGACGGACAUGGCCCUCUCCUGAAAAACUCCCAGCCUGAGGGUUUAUUUUUUUUUGUACCGGGGAUCGAACUCGGAGCCUUGUGGUUGCAAGGCAGGCGGGGAACCACUGAGCUAAAUCCCGGCCCUUGCCUGAGGGUUUAAUCCCUCACCACUCAGAGGUGGUGAUGGAGCCACCUCUAUGGAAGCUCCCUGGGGUAGGGUGGCCUGCCGACCUUUAGGCUGCUGUCCCCGGGAGUCCUCCUUCCUACUCCCCAGCUAGACACACCUUCUGCCCCGGUUCCCAGCAGUGACCUUGCUUCCUGCCAGUUUUCCUAUUGGAAACAAAUACAGUAAGGGGCUCUCUCCCAUCUCUCCCUGCUCACCACCAGCAGCUGCUGCACGGAGGGAGGGAGGGAGGAAGAAGAGACCUUUCCCAGGUGAAAGAGGGGAGACGAGAGAGGAAGGAGGGGGUGGGGUACAAGGUGGACCACUAGGGCUCUCUAGUGUGAACUGUGCCACCCCCUCUGGUGUAGGUGCAGUAACGAUGUGGCCUUUGUGGUCAGUGUAAUUGAUUUCUUUUUCUCCAUCCCUCCCCGCCAAACCAAAUAUGUUGACUUUGCUCUCCGGAGAGCUGUGUCCUUCAGUAACUCCCCACCGGCUCACUCAUUUCAAGGAUGCUCCCAGGGUUCAGAGCAAGCUUGGCUGCUUCUGGAGCUUUCUGGGUGGCUAAAGACAGCUGUCUUAUAAACCCCAACUCACCCCAGACCCAGGCAGGGUACCAAGACCGAGAAACCAGGUCUCACGUGUGCUUCGGGGAUUUACCAGUCAGGGGUGUGGGCUUCUGAAAAGACGCUGAUUUAAUUCCCACACACGUGUACAUGUUUGUGAUUUCAAAAAGUAAAUUUUAGUUUUAAAUUAUAUAUAGACCCUAAAUUGUAUACAAGGGGCUCUCUGGUCAUUUCUGUAACAGCAGCCAGUGCAGGUGUGAUGUCAGUGUUCUGGAACCUUCCCGACCUCUUCCUCCCGUCCUUGGGUCUCCUCCUGCUCCUGGUUGACAGACGCUGGCUAAACCCUGGGUCUGUGUCAUGUUAGAGGGGAGCACUGUGCAUUCCGUUGCCCUCCUCUACCCAUGACUGGCUUUGCAGCUGGGAUGCUAACGGACGACAGCCUGGCUCUGUCUGCCCCCCUAAUGCCACCGCACCCCACAUCUCAGUUCUCCCGCAAGUCACCGAGCUCUGCUUCCUGUGGUGCUGUGUGCCCUGCACAGUGGGGUCCCUCUCCCGCUCUGCCCUGGGUCUCCUUCUAGAGAGGUUGAAUGUUCAAGCAGUCCCCGGGCAGGCUGGCUGGGCUCCAGGAGGAGGGGAUCCCAGGCAGUGACCAAGCCCGGGCUCUCAGGAAGUCUCUUCUUCAGCCAGAGCAGAUGACACCAUGAAUGAGUCACAUACUCCCCACUUCCCCUUCCCCCCACACGCCCCCUGAAAACAUCCAUUCUGUAGCAAUUCGCUGGUACCUACGACCUGUCAAGCUAUGCACAGUCCCUGGGAGGGGUGAAGAUGUCAAAGGCUGCCCCUGGAUCCCCUGUGUGGCAGUCGCUUGUUCCCUCCCUUCUCAGAGGUGACCAAUGCGUGGGUGCAACUGUAUCCCUCUCGGAGACAGUGCAGAAAUGGCGAGAAUACCGACGCCAGUGUCUACGAAACCUGACUGAGACUCCACCCCCUGCCACAGGCCUGUUCUGCAACCGGACCUUUGAUGACUACGCCUGCUGGCCAGACGGGCCACCGGGCUCCUUUGUGAACGUCAGCUGCCCCUGGUACCUGCCCUGGGCCAGCAGCGUGCUGCAGGGCCAUGUGUACCGGUUCUGCACCCCAGAGGGCCUCUGGCUGCACAGGGACAACUCCAGCCUGCCCUGGAGGGACCUGUCGGAGUGCGAGGAGUCCCAACGCGGGGAGAAAAGCUCCCCGGAGGAGCAGCUCCUGUCCCUUUACAUCAUCUACACAGUGGGCUACGCGCUGUCCUUCUCCACCCUGGUCAUCGCCUCUGCCAUCCUCCUUAGCUUCAGGCACCUGCACUGCACCCGGAACUACAUCCACCUGAACCUCUUUGCAUCCUUCAUCCUGCGAGCCCUGUCUGUCUUCAUCAAGGACGCCGCCCUCAAGUGGAUGUACAGCACGGCUGCACAGCAGCACCGGUGGGAUGGGCUCCUCUCCUACCAGGACUCUCUGGGCUGCCGCCUGGUGUUCCUGCUCAUGCAGUACUGCGUGGCGGCCAAUUACUACUGGCUGCUGGUGGAGGGCGUGUACCUCUACACCCUGCUGGCCUUCUCAGUCUUCUCCGAGCAGCGUGUCUUCAGGCUCUACCUGGGCAUAGGCUGGGGUGUUCCCCUGCUGUUUGUUAUCCCCUGGGGCAUUGUCAAGUACCUCUAUGAGGAUGAGGGAUGCUGGACCAGGAACUCAAACAUGAACUACUGGCUCAUCAUCCGGCUGCCCAUUCUGUUUGCCGUUGGGGUGAACUUCCUCAUCUUCAUCCGGGUCAUCUGCAUCGUGGUGUCCAAACUGAAGGCCAAUCUCAUGUGCAAGACAGACAUCAAGUGCAGACUGGCCAAGUCUACUCUGACGCUCAUUCCCCUGCUGGGGACCCAUGAGGUCAUCUUUGCCUUCGUGAUGGACGAACAUGCCCGGGGGACUCUGCGCUUCAUCAAGCUGUUCACAGAGCUCUCCUUCACCUCCUUCCAGGGGCUGAUGGUGGCCAUCCUGUACUGCUUUGUCAACAAUGAGGUCCAGAUGGAGUUUCGAAAGAGCUGUGAGCGCUGGCGCCUGGAGCAUUUGCACAUCCAGAGGGACAGCAGCAUGAAGCCCCUCAAGUGCCCGGCCAGCAGCCUGAGUAGCGGGGGCACAGUGGGCAGCAGUGUGUAUGCUGCCACCUGCCAGGCCUCCUGCAGCUGAGACCCCAGCACUGCCCUUCCUGUGGUCCUUGCCGAGGGCCGGGUGGCCAUCCCAGGUGGGAGAGACCCGCCCAGGGCCAGGGGAAGGAAGGGACACAUGUGCACAUACAUCCCCGCUUUCCCUCCCCAAGCCCAUCAGACAGGCAAAUGGGCAGUGCCUCUCGGGACCAUGGACACAUUUUCUCCAAGGAGAAGCAGCCUGCUAAUUUGAUCACUGUGGCAAGGGGAGAGGAAAAAUGAUUGCUGCUAAAAUAAGGAGGAGUUCUUCCUGCUAGGCCACAAGGCCCUUGGGGUUCCCCCAGACAGAGCAGCAAAUCAACCCCAGAUCAAACGCAAGGUCAAUGGCUUGUUAGUGGGAUUGGAGCUCGAGGGAGGAGGUGGAACUGAGAGAGGCCAAUGUAACCUCGGCCAAACACAGAGCUCACUGAUGUGAGCCGCUCUGCUUGUGUCCAGUUGGGGUCACCACCCUAUCUGCCUCCUCAUUAAGGGGAGCUCUGUAUGCAUCUGGGCCGCUUGUUUCCCUCCUCUGCCCCUUCAUCUUCUCACCAGGUUCCCCUCGAGGGCUUUGUUUGGGCCACCAGCUGCAGCUAUUUCUGGAAAUGGCUAUGAGGGUUGUUGAGGAAGUGAAUGAGGGUUUCCUUUGCUGGUACCCACUUCUCCCCUGGGUUCUGAGUUGCUCUGGUUCCUGCUUCUGCCCUACUUGGGGAGCCAGGCCCACCGCCAAGGAGCCCAGCCCAAUUCCGUCCUUAAAAAGAUACUCAAGGAUCCUCCAGGUUCACCUAGUGACACUUAAAGAGCGUCCCCACUGUGAAUGUCGAUGACCUGCUCGUGACUGCUGGGAAUCCAGAGGGCCAAGAGAUUCAUCGUGGAAAUGCUUUCUGUCUGUGACCAGAUUCUUUAUCGUGAGUGGAAGUUGGGUGCACCCCCCAAAUUUAGGGGAUGUGACCAAGAAGAGACUCCAGGGGAAACCAACAGUGCCCAUCAUUACCAUGGCGGCAGGCUCCCCCACCUUUCAAGUCCCUGCUCUUGGGAGCUUGUCUCUGUUUUAUUCACUUUUCUUUAUUGCUGUGAAUAGUCUGUAUGUGCAAAUGUGCAACUUGUAUUUCUCCUACCUGCUGGAAACAAGAACUAAAGCAUGGUUGUCGUGAUUAUGUUUGGGGGAAGUGAGGUAGUAAUGAAUUUGACUUACCCACGCUUGGAGCUAAUUCUUGUUUGCCUGGCCAGCCUCCAGCCUCAUCCCAUAAAUAAAGAGCAGCAGAAAGGCUGGGAUGGGGAAAAAAAAA